AAUUUGGGUGUCUUGGUUGUGUAUGAAGUGUGGUUCCAGAACCGGCGCGCCAAGUGGCGCAAGGCGGAGCGCCUGAAGGAGGAGCAGCGCAAGCGAGAGGAUCCCGAGCGCAAGCGCGACCCCGACACCAAGGACGCGCCCUCCGCCGCCGCCGCCAACGACCCCGAUGCCGCCAAGGGCGACGGCGCGCGAGCGGGCAGCCCCGAGGGCGCCGAGUCGCUGGCCGGCGUCGGGCUGAUGUGCGGCUGCGAGCUCGGGCUCGCUCCGGCGGCGGCUGCCCGCCCAGCCGGGCUCCCGGCGUCCGCCUCCGCCGCGCUCAGACGCCGGGAGGGCUGCGUCUGGGCGACGUGGACGCGCCCUUACCGGCCGGCGCCGACGCCGUCGCCGCGCGCCUCGCGGCGGAGGGCCAGCAGCCCCAGCCGCCCUUCUCGCCCAGCGCCGACGACGCCGUCGCCGCUGCCGCGGCCGCCCGUCACGUCGUCGGCGCCGUCGACGCCGUCGUCCACCGGCACGGAGCCCGCGCCGCCGCCGCCGCCCGCGCUGCCGCCGUCGCACCCGCUGCCCCGCGCGCCCGCCGCUGUGCCCGGCCCCUUCGGACACGGACUCUUCCCCACCUUCGGCGACGGGGUGACUGAUUUUUUGCUGGGCCUGACAUUGAAACAAUCGCCCCUGCAAGUGUUCUUGUCAUCAGUCCUACUACACAGUGACACACUACUUAAAGCUGAUCUUGAAAGAGCUGUCGUGACAGGAACAAUGGGUUUGCUCGACAUGUGGCAAGGGACUGUCAACCUGAUUCAAAGAGCCCUUUGUUCGGAAAUACACUCCAGACGUCAUAGCGUUCUCUCUACUCAUUAUUCUGCCCUCUUCAAG